AGAAAAUUAAAGCAUCCUAACGUUGUCACUUUUCAUGGCACAUCGCUUCUAAAGGAAGAUGGCGAAACCCGAGUAAUACUAGUCAUGGAAUACUGCAAGGAAAAUUUAAAGAAUCGCAUUUUCAGUAAUCCAGAAAGAGCCCCUGCCAAUUCUAAGAAUAUCGAUGCCAAAACAGACGCCUUUCAAUGGAUAAAGCAGAUAGUCACUGCCCUGUCCUUCAUUCAUGAUCAAAAAGUCGUUCACAGAGAUCUCAAACUGGAUAAUAUAUUGGUAUGGAACUAAGAGAAACGUUAUAGUUGGUGGCGAAAUAAAACACACGCCUUACCAUCAGACUAAACUUUUCAUUUGGGCACUUAAAGCUACUUUUUGGCUCUUGGAAAAUCUGUCAAUGACCAAGCUUUUUAUGUUAAGAUUGCUCAUACGAGAGAGAAAAGCUCUUUUUUUCUUUUACAGGCCUAAAGAUCUCUUUACUGCACAAAACGCAAACAAAAAAAAGGAAGGAAUUAGUUUGACCGGCAUUGAGCUAUUUUUAUCUAAGAUUUUAAUCUAAUUCUUAUAAAAAGCAAAUUACAAUUCCUUUAACACGCCUUUCAGUGACUAGUCCUUCGAAAGAAUCUUCAAAACAAUCCCGUUGUAUUGUGAUGAUCAUGACAUAAUGCUAGAUCAUCCUUGUGCACAUCAUUUAUCUUUUUUUCUUUUCACUUUAAAAGCUAUCAGCCACAAAUGAAGUGAAGAUAACCGACGUUGGCGUUUCCAAGGAUGUGAACAAGAUCACAGGAACUUUGGCAGGAACACCUGCUUAUGUGGCACCGGAAGUGUUUCACUCUCAGCUGUAUGACACGAAAGCAGACAUAUACAGCCUGGGGAUAAUUUUAUGGGAGAUGUGGUAUGGGCAGCAGGCCUUCAGUGAAUUCAGUGACAUACCAAGUCAUGUAGCUCUCUUUAACAUGGUGGAUGAGGGCCUUCGCCCAAAACAUGUGAAAGGCUGUAAUGAGCCGCCACGCCGCUGGAAAGAUUUGAUGGAGAGUUGCUGGAACAAAAAACCAGCGGAACGCCCAUCAGCUUCGCAUUGCCUCAAGGAAGCUGUUGAACUUCAUAGAGAGGCAAUGGAAGUUCUGUAA